AUGACUGAAAGCGAUCAAGUGAAUCGAAUUGUGCGUGUUGAACAAAGUAGGCAUUAUAGGAUAAUAAAUAAUACAACUACAACAUCGCCAAUUUUACAUUCACCGUUACCAUUACAAACCCAAGUGCCGAUUAGAUCGAAUAUUUUGGUGGCGCCUGCUGAAUCGCCGAUUAUUUUGAGAGACAAGAAAAAGUGGAAUAUGUUGUCGGCAAGAACUUUCAGCGGAAUUGUUUUCUGUAUCAGGAUUUUUAUAUUGGUCAGUUUUUGUUUAUAAAUUUUAAAUCAUGACUCAUGAUUUAUCCAAAUUUGGUUUUGUCAAUUCAUCAAAAACAAAUCGAGCCAAACUAUCAAAAAUUCGUUAUCCUUCUUCCUUGAAACAUAAAUAUUCCAGGUUCUCGCAAUCGUCUCAAUGAUUUUAAUUCUAACAGCACCUGGUGCUUGCUUCUCAAGAUAUAUCAAUGGUCAAUCAAUAAGUCGUGAAAUCUGUCCGGGACAAAAUAGUAUAUUCCCAAUGAAUGCCGAUCGUUGGAGCAAUGCAUUGCAUUUUCAAGGAAGAGGUCAAAAGUGAGUGAAUACUGAUGUUUCCAGGUUAUUUUGGAAUUUCUUUCAGUGUUUACGGUCAAGUCGCGUUGAUUUGUAUCACUUUGGCAUUUGCGUUGAUUACAGUUGGACUAAGCUGUGUUGCUUUAGCGACUGGAAAUGUGCUAACUUAUCCGGUGAGUUUUGACAUUGAUUCAAAGUCAAUUCGAAAAAUCAUUUUGACAAAAUUUUUCAGCAAAUUGCAAUUUCCCUAAUUGCUCUGAUCGCUUUCAUUGUUUCCGGCGGAGUUGAAACCUGGUAUGCCACAGGUUUCGAUCACAUGGAAUUCUUCAUCCAAGCCGUCGGAAAUGGUGUUUUCUCCGGUUGUGCUGGACUUCCUGGCUGUCAAAUUCAAUUUGUUGUCAAAGGUUGGGCUGUUGCAGCCGCCUUCUUUUUCCUUGCAGCUCUUCUUUAUGUCCUAGACAUUGCGUUGGUAUUCAUUUCUCGUGACAAGUGAGUUACUGUAAUUCAAAGUCUUGAUCUAAUUUUGUUUGAUUUUUAGUUAUGUCUUUCUAUCUUUGUUUUUUUUCUAUUUUGUCUUUGCAGGGAAGUGGUUGAAACAUACGCUGUGACUACCACUCGUUACUAA